UGGAAACUUUCUGUCGCACAAAAAGGGAAGAAGUACAAAAGGAAGAGGAAGAGUCAGAGCAGAGACAUUCAGCAGAGACCACUGUGGAGAGAAGAGAGCAGCAGAACAAGACAAAAAGAGGAAAAGACGGAUUGUGCCAAUCAUUGAAUCAGGAUGUUUGUUCUCAUCUGGGCAACUCUACUCUUCUCUAUGAUAGACACAGAUGCAUCAGUGGGACAAACAACAGUUGCUGGACUCAACACCACUACAGAGGAGACUGGGACUCAGAAUGUGACCUAUAGGACUGAGAAUUCAAGUGUGAAGGAGGGUGAGACCACUGUUGAGUCUACCAGCAGCAGUGGCGUUAGAGAAGAAAGAAAUAACUGUACGAUAAAAAACAAUGUGGGGGAUCUACUCAAGAACUUUUUCACAGCUUUUUAUGAACAUCCGCAAGUCAUCAUUGCAUUUUUGAUUGGGAUACUUCUUACAGCAACUAUCUGCUGCUUGACCAGAAAAUGCCACAGGAAAAAACCGAAGAGCUCUGGGAAUGUGAUUGAGACUCUGGAGAUGGCGACGACUGAAGCGGGUCCAUUGAUCGAUGCUGCUGACCAAUCAGCCACUGGCAUUGACAUGGAACCAAAAGAGGUGGAAUACUCUGACAUUGACUUCCACUUGUUGAAUAGGAAGAGUCCCACAGGGGCAAAUGAUACACAAGAGACCACAGAGACAGAGUAUGCUGAAAUUAAGAACAAAGAAAUGGAGAGACAAGACAAUGGUGGAGAGGGUGGUGAAAUGUUGGAGGGCAAUGAGGAGGAGGUGAUGAUAGGGGAAGAUAAGGAGACACAAGAGUGUAUGUCUGCAGAGAAGCAGGGAGGAGGGGAUGUGAUGGUUUACUCCAAUGUGAAAGAAAUAAUGGGAGAGGAUUAAAACUUGCAGUUAAAGAAAUGGACAGAUGUUAGGCAGAGGUGGAUUUAAAGAGGUCUAGGCAGAAAGGAGGUCGGAUGGCAGAGGGGAUUGAUGUAUGUGGGUGAGUUCUUUUAUAUUUUCUGAUGUGAUGGCUUCUUAUUUGAAUGUUUAUUGUAAAUGGCAAUCCUGUGUGUGGUUUUUAACACAGCACUGUGCUUUGAGCCAGAGAUCAGCUGACGUUGUCAGACAUAUCAACACCUCCACAUGUUGGGUUUGUGCUAUUUCAUGUAUUCAACUACCAUUAUUCCAUUCUAACCACAGUAUCAGGUGACAACUAUUUUAUGUACAAAGUAUUUAAUCCACACACAUCGCAGCUUCACAUGGCCAAUCCCCCAUCAAGCCACUCAAAACUCAAAACAUAAGCCCAGUAAAAAAAUAGAAAGCUUUUGUGUGCAAACAAGCUUUGGCAUCUUAAACAGCAUUUAUUAACACUGUAUCAGCUAGAAUUAACAGCUUCAUGAACUAGUUUAGCUUUUCAUUACUUG